AUGGAUCAAAUUGACUUGUCAUAAAUUUUAAAGAAACUAAUUGAAUGGAAGAAUUCAUCACCAACAACUUUAUAUAAUCUAUUGGAUUUAAUUGGAACUUAAAAUUUUGGUUAAAAUAGAAUUGUACAUCAAAAAUUUUUAUAGGCCAUUUAAAAAUUAGCAUAAUUGAAUGAAAUACCACCAAAUAGCAUUUAUAAAUCAUAUGAUUAUUAAAAAGUGAUAGAUAAAGCUAAAUCAAUACUUAAAAUAUUGAGAUAAUCAUUACAAAUGGAAGUGGAAAAAGAAAAACCAGAACCAAUGAAAAAAUAUAAUUUAUUUGCUGGAUAUUAGCAAUAAUUUACAGGAUAUGUUGAUAGAAUACAGAAUCUUAACCUUAUUAGCAAUCUAAUUUUACAUAUAUUCAAAAAUUGGGAUUAAUCAAAUAAGGAAUAAUUAAUUUCAAUUGAUAAAAUCAAAGAAGUUACAAUUGGAAUAGAAAAGGAAAUCUAUUUGAGAAAUAUUUUUAAAGACUCUAAAAAAAUGGCUUAUGAAAUGGAUAUUAAAACCUUAGUGUAAUUUAUGAAAAGAGAUAAAACUGGUGAUGUACUAAUUCGAGUCUUCAAUAAAAGCUUAUCCUAUUAAUAAGCAGCUUAAUUGAAAUCUGAAGAUUGGAUUGAUGAAAAAACUAAAUUAAAUUAAAAGGCAGCUCAAAAGGAGGAAUUAGAAAUUAAUUAAAUAGGCUUUUACAAAGAGAUCUCUAAAAGAGAAAUGGAUGGAGUUGAGGGUAAAUAAUGUAAAGGAUGCCAUCAAAAAAAAGUAUAUUUAGUUGAUGAAAAACAAACCAGAUGUGCUGAUGAACCUACUACUAAAUUUUUUGAAUGCUUUAAUUGCGGAGAUAAGUUCCGUAUUUGA